GUAUUGAUCAUCGCAUCCAUAAUCUCCAUUAAUACGGGAGUAUUUGGUUACAUGACAUUAUGGGGUGUAAAUUUGGAUGCAGUAUCCAUGAUUUCCAUUAUAAUGAGUAUUGGUUUUGCUGUCGACCUCUCAUCUCACACAACAUAUGCUUUUGUUACUGCUAAGGGUACCUCAAGAGAACGAGUCAUCUAUGCUCUGCAGUCUGUCGGAUGGCCAAUUUUCCAGGGAAGCCAUCACAUAUCUUUUGUAUUUCAGGGCGCAACCUCAACAAUUGCCGGCAUAUCGAUGCUUUAUACAGUUGAUGCUUAUAUUAUACUAACAUUUUUCAAGACCGUAUGGCUCACAAUGGUCAUUGGCUUACUGCACGGGUUGUUGUUUAUCCCAGUUGCUCUUAGCUUCUUUCCUCAUCACCAUCUUACUAGUGAAAUGCUGAGCUAG